UCUGUGUUCAAUUUUCCCUUUUCCUCUCUCUGUAUAUAUUCUGCUUCUCUCGAUUCUCGGCGCUUCACAAUGGCGCCGAGUAUAAGAAAUCUACAGCUAACUUCCCUCGCAACCGCCGCUGCUGCCGACGAUGGUGAUGCCGAUGGCAUGGAGGAAGUGCGGCUUUUGGACUCCUACGAAGAUAAAAACUACAAUGGUUCUGAUGGAAUUGAGGAAGGGCUGAAGCGAAUUCAUGUCAGAAUCACCGGCAUGACCUGCGCUGCUUGCUCCAAUUCCGUCGAAGCAGCUCUGAAUGCCGUCGAUGGCGUCAUCAGCGCUUCUGUGGCUUUGCUUCAGAACAAGGCUGAUGUGGUUUACAACCCGUCUCUGGCUAAGGAUGUAGAUAUCAAAAAUGCAAUUGAAGAUGCAGGGUUUGAGGCAGAGAUAUUACCUGAACCCAGUGGUGAUGCGCUCAGAAAAAAGUCGCACAGAACCUUGGUGGGACAGUUCACGAUUGGUGGUAUGACAUGUGCAGCCUGUGUAAAUUCUGUUGAAGGUAUUUUAAGAAAUCUUCCAGGGGUCAAAAGGGCUGUGGUUGCUUUGGCUACUUCAUUAGGAGAAGUUGAAUAUGAUCCUAAUGUAAUUAACAAAGAGGAUAUAAUCAGUGCAAUUGAAGAUGCUGGUUUUGAAGGUUCAUUUGUGCAGAGCAGCGAGCAGGAUAAAAUAACUUUAUCAGUUGUUGGUGCAUACAGCGUGAUUGAUGUACAAAUCUUGGAAGGCGUUCUCAGCAACAUGAAAGGAGUGAGGCAGUUUCGUUUUGACCAGAUAUCAAGUGAACUGGUGGUUCUUUUUGAUCCUGAAGUUUUCAGCUCUAGAUCCUUAGUUGAUGAGAUUGAAAGGGAAAGCAACGGAAAGUUCAAAUUACGUGUCAGAAGCCCAUAUACAAGACUAGCUUCCAAAGAUGUUGAAGAGACCUCGGCUAUGUUUUGGCUUUUUACAUCCAGCCUUUCUCUUAGUAUUCCUCUCUUCUUCAUGCGUGUAGUCUGUCCUCAUAUACCCAUGGUAUAUUCGUUAUUACUUUGGAGAUGUGGACCUUUCCUCAUGGGCGACUGGUUGAAGUGGGCUUUGGUGAGUGUGAUUCAAUUUGUAAUUGGGAAGCGCUUCUACAUUGCUGCUGGCCGAGCUCUAAGAAAUGGUUCAACUAACAUGGAUGUCUUGGUUGCAUUGGGAACUACAGCAUCUUAUGUUUAUUCUGUUUGUGCUCUACUGUAUGGUGCUCUUACUGGAUUUUGGUCUCCAACAUAUUUUGAGACCAGUUCCAUGCUCAUAACAUUUGUAUUGUUGGGUAAGUACUUGGAAUGCCUUGCCAAGGGGAGGACAUCAGAUGCCAUCAAGAAGUUAGUAGAACUUGCUCCCGCAACAGCUUUAUUGGUUGUGAAAGAUAAAGGUGGAAGAUCUAUUGAAGAGAGGGAAAUAGAUUCUCUGCUCAUUCAACCCGGCGACACAUUGAAAGUUCUCCCUGGUGCAAAGGUUCCUGCUGAUGGCAUUGUUACAUGGGGCUCAAGUUACAUAAAUGAGAGCAUGGUGACUGGUGAAUCUGUUCCUGUUUCGAAGGAGGUGAAUGCAACUGUCAUUGGAGGUACAAUAAAUUCACAUGGCAUCCUUCUCAUUGAAGCUACCAGAGUAGGAUCUGAUGCAGUUUUGAGUCAGAUAAUUAGCUUGGUUGAGACAGCUCAGAUGUCCAAGGCCCCCAUUCAGAAAUUUGCUGAUUAUGUAGCAAGUAUAUUUGUUCCCACAGUUGUUGCCUUGGCCCUGUUGACAUUUUGGAGUUGGUAUAUUGCUGGGGCUCUCGGAGCUUACCCUGAAGAAUGGCUGCCAGAAAAUGGAAAUCAUUUUGUUUUUGCCCUAAUGUUUUCAAUAUCUGUAGUGGUGAUUGCAUGUCCCUGUGCACUUGGCUUGGCAACACCAACAGCAGUGAUGGUAGCUACAGGGGUUGGGGCUAACAACGGGGUGUUGAUCAAAGGAGGAGAUGCCUUGGAGAGGGCUCAGAUGGUGAAGUAUGUGAUAUUCGAUAAAACUGGCACUUUAACUCAGGGGAAAGCUAGCUUUACCGCUGCCAAGGUAUUCACAGGAAUGGAUCGUGGAGAAUUUCUAAAAUUGGUGGCUUCUGCUGAGGCUAGCAGUGAGCACCCACUGGCUAAAGCAAUAGUAGCAUAUGCACGUCAUUUUCAUUUCUUUGAUGAAUCCUCUGCAACUAAUGGUCUCAAAGAUGAUGCCAAUGAGUUGAAGUCUGGGUGGCUUUAUGAUGUCUCUGACUUCUUGGCUCUUCCAGGAAGAGGUGUUCAGUGUUUCAUAGAUGGGACGCGUAUAUUGGUUGGUAACAGGAAACUAAUGGAGGAAAGUGGCAUAGAUAUUCCAACUGAAGUGGAAAAUUUUGUGGUCAAUUUGGAAGAAAGUGCAAACACAGGGAUUCUGGUUGCAUAUGGUGAUGGGCUAACUGGAGUUAUCGGGGUUGCAGACCCACUGAAGAGAGAGGCUUCUGUGGUUAUUGAGGGCCUCAAGAAAAUGGGUGUGAGACCUAUUAUGGUUACAGGAGAUAACUGGAGAACAGCUCAAGCUGUUGCCAAGGAGGUGGGCAUUCAAGAUGUUAGAGCUGAGGUUCUGCCUGCAGGAAAGGCUGAUGUUGUUCGUUCAUUCCAGAAAGAUGGAAGCAUAGUUGCAAUGGUGGGUGAUGGCAUCAAUGACUCUCCUGCAUUAGCUGCUGCUGAUGUUGGUAUUGCCAUUGGGGCUGGGACUGAUAUUGCGAUAGAAGCUGCUCAAUAUGUGUUGAUGAGGAACAAUUUGGAAGAUGUAAUCACAGCUAUUGAUCUCUCUAGGACGACCUUGUCUCGAAUUCGAUUGAAUUAUUUCUUCGCCAUGGCCUACAAUGCGGUUGCCAUACCAGUUGCUGCUGGGGUUCUCUAUCCUUCCCUUGGGAUCAAGCUGCCUCCAUGGGUCGCUGGUACAUGCAUGGCUCUCUCAUCCGUAAGUGUUGUCUGCUCUUCUUUGCUUCUCAGGAGAUAUAGAAGACCUAAACUUACUGAAAUACUUGAAAUAAUUGUGGAUUAGCUAUAACUGAGUCAGAGUUGCUGUACCGGUAAGUCAUAGCUUUGAGGUUAUAGAUGAGUUUGAUCAAGACCUAUAAUUCCAAUUUUGCUCUUCCCUGUGAAUUGUAACUGUAAUUGUAACGGCCAUUGUAAAUGCACUUGUAUUAUAGUUGUAUAGCCCUCCACCCCACCCUACCCAAAAGAAAAAUCCAAAUAAUAAAUUUACCCUUACCUUUUUAUGCAUCUGUUUGCAUAGGAUAUCAGACUCCCGAAACAAAAAAAGAUUGCAGAUUGAUGAGUUUAUUUGUCGCAGUGAGGGACUUCUUGGUUUCUCAAGUUUACAUCUGUAUCCAAAGUCCCUGAACAUCUGUUUCAUGGAUUUUUAAUUAGAUGAUAUCAUAUGGAAUCUGAA